AUGGGACUCGACGACCUGCCUGGGGAGCUUAUUCUCCAGAUUGUUCCCCUUCUAACGAGGCAGGAUUAUGCGCAACUAGUGCUGGUUUGCAAGGAUUGGUACUCCCUGUUUAUUCCCCACCUAUAUCAACAUGUCGUGCUUCCCCUGAACGAUUAUAUUGACGCCAAAUAUGGUGACUUCCGUUGGAGCGAGUAUCUCCCUGUGCGUCGAUUUACAAUAGCUCUGCUUGAGAAUCCAACCCUCGCUCCCUUGAUCCGCUCCCUGGAGCUUUACCCUAGCUAUGGCGAGGAAAAGUGGAAACAUCGACCUCCGCUGAAGCCACCUGGGGAAGAAAAAUUCCUCCCAUUUAUGCUGCCCUUCGGAGAUGCUAAGCGCAAAUAUCGCCGCAAAUUCCGAGCGUGGCGCCAAGACCUCAAAGAUGAUCUAGAACGCGAGAUUUGGAUUAAGGCCCAACGAUAUGAAGAUGCCUGGCUGGCCUUGCUCAUGGUGCAAGUCAAGAAUCUUGAGAGAUUCGUCAUUGAAUUACCCGGAGAGUGGGAUCAGUAUUGUAUCCUGGAGGAUAAUAUGCUAGUCAAGUGUUCCGUCCACUUUGAACGGGUUAUUCAUUGGGCAAGUAACCCAAGACUGGGGAUUCUAACGCACCUAGAGCACGUCUUGUUGGCCGACGGUCCAAAUCUGCUAGAAUGGGGGCAAACUGAAAGCGCAAUUCCCUUGAAGAGGCUGAUCCCUUAUCUCCGGAUUCCAUCGCUGCGAAAGCUUUACGUGCAUAAUGCGUGUGAUCGAACCCAAUUUGACAUGCCUGGAGACUUGGUCCUCCCAUUGACCCAUCUGGAUCUCCUAGCAUCCACUGAUGGCCUACCUAAUCUCUCUCGUCUGCUGGAAAGGUGCCCAAAGCUACAGUCAUUUACCCUCGAAUUGGGGGACUGGGGGGAUAAUCAUACGCACGAUUACCUGAAUCACUCGCACCUAUACCAGCCUUUACAACAAUGUCAAUCUUCGUUGCAUCAUUUGAAUUUAACUUUCCUGAGCGACUUGACUGAGCAGGAUGCCGAAAACCCAACGCCUAUCUUCUUCGGGAGGUUGACCGCAUUUCCUAAUCUCCAAACUGUCCAUAUACGGUGGGGUAACUUGUUGCCCUUUGUCGGGAAAGGGUCCUACAACCCUAGCAUCCCUCUUCGGGAGGUGCUUCCACGCUCGCUGCAACAUCUCUAUAUUGAUGAUUGCUUGAUCCAGUCCUCGUUGGCCUUGUGCUGUGAACUCGAAAACCUGGUGGUACACCUUUCGGAGACCGUCCCUGUGCUCAAGACUCUCUAUCUUCGGUACGCCGUCAGAGAGCAAGCACCCGGCCAAGGAUGUAUAAAGUGUACCCUGGGUCAUUGGUCCAACUAUCGAAUGAUGGAAGCAGACCCUAUCAUCGAUGCCCAUCUACUGGAAUUGCAGGGAAGGUUCCGUGCGUCGGGCGUGGAGUUCCGAAUCAUCGGACCAGGAGCCACGGCGGUGUCUUUCCCUCAGGACGGUGCUAUCAGGAAAAAGUGGCCUCGAAGAAAACCGAGGAGAAUCAUGAGAGCUGGGGUUUAA